AUGUCGAAGAACCCGAAGCUUGCCUACGAGGCGAAAGAGCCCGCAUUUCUCCAGAAGCUUCGUGGCCACUAUGGCGAUACUUCCGGUCGCCUCGAGCGACCCGCUGCGCGCCCUCGAAAAAUCAAAGACAAGAACGACGAGGACGAUGAUGCGCCCGUAUACGUCGAUGAAGAGAGUAACGAGGUGAUCUCCAAAGCAGAAUAUGAGGCCCUCGUUGGUGGUGGUUCAGAUCAAAAAGACGACGAGGCCUCUGCGAGGGACGAACCCACGGAAAAUGGUCAGGACAAUGCGCCGCCUCAAACCGAGACCUCUACGGCUAAACAGAGCAAUCUGACCGAAGUCGGGGCUCCAAGAAAGCGGAAACAGGUCAAGGUUGUGGGUGAUGAUGAGCCAGAGAAAUCUGGAGAAAAGCAAGAGGCCGACGAGGCUCAGCCAAAGGCACCAGCGCCUCGGAAGCCCAAAAAGGCCAAGAAAAUCAAACUUUCCUUUGACGAGGAAUGA